AUGGCAAAGUCUGCACGGCAUGUUACAGGUAAGGCACCAUCGUCUCUGGAUGCACACGAUAGGAAGAAGUCCAAGAAGAAGUCGUCGUCCAUGUGUGUGGGCAGCAUGUUCAAGUCUGCAGUCAAGCGUAUUUCCCGGGAGGUCAGUCCAGACAACAACAUCAUGCUGACAAGCAAUUCCAUCCAGGUUCUUUGCGGAAUCUCAUACGACUUUGUUGAUACAGUUGCCGAUCUUGCUGGUGAGCUAGCAAGGAAGGUUGGGAAGCAGACGGUGGGGUCUGACGACAUCAUAAGUGCAUUUGAGAUCUUACUCAAGGGAGAGCUGCGAAAACUUGCCAUCAGAGAGGUCCACAACGCCCUUUCCAAAAGCCAAGCUAAGUCUCGUGGAAAAUAA